AUGUCCUCUACAUCAAUACAUAUACCACUUUUAUCUCCUCUUACAUUAGCAUCAUCUUCAUCCUAUUAUUUCUCAUCAGAUAGUAAUAGUAGCAGAGGCGACAGUAAAACAGCGGCAGCAUCAACAUCAACAUCAACAGUUGCCAAACAGAUAAUUAGUGCAAUCAAACAACGUUCACAACCUCAACCUCAACAACCUCAACAACAUCAGUAUCAACACAAAAGAGAUAAAUAUUACUCUCUUUCAACAGCGGCAGUAACAACCACCAAAGACACCAUAUUUUUUAAUCAAAGUAACUCUAUCAAGAUUGGAAAGGAAUGCCUUAGACUACUCAAAUCACAAGCUGAUCAAGGUGUACUGACAUACUCUUUGAGACCUAUCAGCUGUAAACAAGAUUUUGAAAAUGGAGAGUACUAUGGCGACAGAUAUCUAGAGCAUUUGUUAACUCAAAUUAUCAGAAAGACUAUACCAAAUAGUGAUUUUACACCAGGAAUGGGUACAAAUAUUACAUCUGAAGCAGCCAAGAAUGCAACACUUGCCAAAAUGUUUGAUCAUUUUGGAAUCAUUCAUGUUAUGGAUGCUACACAACUCGCAGCAGGAGGACCAAUCAAGCGUAAAGCUGAUGUCGUUGAAUGCAUUAUCUCUCAACUAUUCGACGCACGGUCAAACCAAUCAGUUCUUAUCAAUGAAGAAGGUGGUCGUUGUGAUACUAAAAUCAAUAGUAUUCCUCCUCCUCCUCCUUCUUCUUCUUCUACUAUUGAAGUUGGAAAGGUUCAUCACAAGAAACUUACUUCAUCCCCUCCUUCCUCUUCUUCAUCAUCCACUUCAUUCAGUCUUUUAACAGUUUCACAAGUUGUUUUAGAAGUUACUGAAAACAAGGAGAAACAACUAAACUUUAUCUCCUCAUCCAACAACCAAGUCAAGUGGCAUGACAAUGUUGAUGUCGUCAACAAACUUAUGACUCCCUAUAGUAUUUCAUCUACUAUCGUUUAA